AUGUAUACCCCCACUCGACGUAGUAUUAUUAGUGGAGUCGAUAAAGCGGCCAAUACGGUUAUCUUUGCUAUUGGCCCUAUAUUUAUCUUGCUAGCAAUAGGGUUGCUCGGGAUGGCAACACUGACAUAUUUUACGGUUGUCUUUCCUUAUUUCUAUAAAUGGGACGACGAUUAUAUUUGGACAAAAGUUUAUUAUUAUAUUGGCUUAAUAUUUAGUAUAUAUCUGGUUGUUUGUAUCUUUUUUCAUUAUUACAUGGCGGUUAGAACAAAACCCGGAGGUGUAUUGAAUGCUGGAACUGCCGAAACGGAAUCAGAUGAUCCAACAUUACAAGGAUUAUUUCUUGAAUUGGAGGAAUAUGCAGAAUUUCCAAAAACAUGCAAAAAAUGUAAACUCAUACUCCUUUUAAAAAGAUUGAAUUAUCUUGACAUUGAAGCUGAGUGGGAUUAUUGGAUGCCAAGACCAUACAUGGCUUUAUCAUUCUUGCUUGCUGUCGCGAUUGGAAUAGCAUUAGGAGGGAUGUGUUCAUGGCAUUAUUAUUUAGUUUUAACAUCGCAAACAACAGUAGAAUUUUAUAAUAAUCAAUAUGCGAGACGUUCAGCUAAACAAAAAGGAGAGGUAUAUGCAAAUCCAUAUGACUUGGGAUAUUUGAAUAAUUUACGUCAAUUCUUUAACGUUGGCCAUAAUUAUUCCAUAUAUACAAUCCUCCUUCCUAUACCAGUACUACCGCCGGGUAAUGGUAAAGUAUGGGAGAAGAGCGCGAUGCACUAUACAACAGUUAAUAACGAUAUUUCAGAUGAUACCGAUUAA